AAUAAUAUACCAAGGCACUACAUGAACAGUAUUAGGCAUCGUGGAUUAAAUUAAACACUCCCAACAAAUUAUUAAAAAUAUACAUUGUAUUGAGAUAGUCUCCCUCUCUCUCUCUCUCGCUCUCUCUCACGUGUCUGUAUAUGCAAAUUUGCUGUACUCAAAGAGGAUUUCCUCCUCUAACCUUAAUCCUAGCGGCCUCGGCAAAUCUGCGGUCAUGGCUGGAUCUGAGGAGAAUUUACUGUCACCUGGUCAUCUGAAUGGCACAAAUGUAAACUUUUUCAACAUUUAUAGAAAUCUGAGCGGUACUAUUCACCAAAGAAGUCGAAUGAUGCGUCUGCAACAACGCUGUCAGGAGCUGAAGAACAGAGAGAGUGCAGCCCGACAUCACAACCAGCAGCUGCUGCAGCAGUUUAACAGGGCUCAAGACACACUAAGAGAGAUGAUGGCCACCACUGCUGCCAUGAAGACGAUUCGGAUGGAGUAUGAGCUGUUUCUGGAGAGCUCUCCCUACAGGCAGAAGCAACUCAAAGAGAAAGCACAAAUUCAUCACAGGAAGAGGAUGGAAGAGUAUUUAAAGAUGUCCACGACUUCUGUUGGAAAACCUUUAUAUUCUCAUAGUUGUAGCAGACAGACGCAGAGAGAUGCUGCUACAAAAGCGUACGAUGGACAAGGGGGUUCUUAUCCUCCCUACAUGGAGUGUCUUUCUUCUCAUUCCUAUUCAGACCGGACUAUCGCAGCUUCCGUAUUCCCUCCGACCUUACUUCCAUGUCCUCAGAGCUUCCAGCUCCAGCACCUCAUUGCCACUCCAUCACACCCCCAAUGCAGGCCCAGUCAAAAUACACCAGGCUGUACUCCCAGUCAGGCCAAGAGCCCCCGGUCGUCAGUGGUGUCCGAUGCAGAGGACACUGAGAUAAGCAGCAGCUCAAGAAGAAAGAGCAGUCAUUUAUCCCAGGAGCUGGAUUUUAAACCAGUCCGCCUGUCCAGUCACCAUGUUGAGAAUGGAGACAGCAGCGGCACAGAGUCCAGACAGGUGAAGAGUAAGAAGAAGAGGAGGAAAACAAACACCUCAUCAGACAGAGACAGAAGCAGCUCCAAGGAAUCAUCAACAAGGAGUUCCUCAGCUGCAGUGGCACAGACAUCUGAGAGCGAAGCCUCAUCACACCAAGGCAGCACCAGCAGGAGGAUGAGGAGGAACAUCGGUGGACUCGUCGCUGGAUUACCAUUGACGACAAAGAGCGAGACAGAAGACAAAGAAAGACGAGGGAGUCGUUCUGUCAGUGAAUCACAAACUGAAGAUACAGCGAGUCAGAGUCCUUCGAACCAAUCAGAGAGCAGCAGUGGGGACAAUUCACCAUCCCAGUCUGAGGAGUCAAGUGGUGGAAGUGACAUGGCUGUGAAAGGGAAAGACAAUGAAAAACUGGAAGAAGAGGCAGACAGCAAAAGUGAUGGAAAUGAAGAAGAGAGCAACAUGGAGGAGGACAAUGAGGAUGAAGAAAUGUCACCAGAGGAUGAGAGGGAGCACAAAUCCGAUGUAGACCAAGGAUGUGAUGACAUCUCAGACAAGCUGGACAAGGAGAAGAAAAAAACAGAUUUGGCUUUGUUGCAAGAUGAACAUAAAGACGAGGAUGAGAGAGAUGAUGAUGAUGUAGAAGAGGAGGAAGAUGAGUCAGAUGCAGAGGAGCAAAAGAGUGAGGCAGAAGAGAGAGAUGCAGAUGACAUCAUUUCACCCCAGCAAAGAAAACCCAGGGUGCACUUUAUUCCACAAGAGGGUUCUGAAGAUGACGGCAAGGUUGUAAGCAGAACAGGAACAUCUAAGGACUCAAGUGAACUUGGCGAUGAUGACAUUGAGGAUCUCCUUGCACCUCAACCUCAGACAAAUAUAAGAAGAAAAGGACACGAAGCAGUAGAGGAACCCAAAGGUCGGGCAACCACAGGUAUCAAGAUCAGACAAACAAUGUUUUUUUUUUUGUGGAUGGUCAUUUCAGGUUUUAUUUUCCAGUGGUUUGCAACGUGGAAAUUUUCCAAGCGGACCAGCAAACAGACUCUGACGAGUUUGACCAUUUUUAUGACUGAUUCCUACCUACCUCAUACUACAAGGAGCACGCCUACUUAAUAGUGGGUUUUUCUGCUACAGGAACUGGAUGACUACUCUGCAAAGAGAGUAAGAUGACAGCUGCCAAAUAUAGAGCAAUUCUUGAAGAGGACUUGCUCCACAGUGCUCUGGAACUCAGACUAGGGCAUCGAUUCACUUUCCAACACGACAAUGACCCAAAUCACACAGCCAAGGAGUGGCUUCAGGAGCAGCCUGUGAAUGUCACUGAGUGGCCCAGCCACAGACCAGACUUGAAUCCAAUCGAACAUCUCUGGAAAGACCUAAAAAUGGCUGUCCACCGACGCUGCCUAUCCAACCUGACUGACCUUGAGAGGAUCUGCAGAGAAGAAUGGGAGAAAAUGCCCCAAAACAGGUGUGCCAAGCUCAUAGAGACAUACUCAAGGAGACUUGAGGUUGUGAUUGCUGCCAAAGGUGCUUCAACAAACUAUUAAGUCAAGGGUGUGAAUACUUACAAACCUAUUGUUAACAUUUUGUUUUUAUAAAUUGCCACAAAUGUCUGAAAAUGUGUUUUUACUUUGUCAUUAUAGGCUAUUUUAUGUAGAUUUUUUUUGAAGGAAAACUAUACUCAAAUCAGCUUUAGAAUAAGUCUAACAGCAAAAUGUGGAAAACGUGAAUGGGUGCGACUACUUUCUGGUGGCAUUGUACAUUUACUGGCUAGAAAUGAUGAUCUAAAGAGAUCAAAUAUACAAGUGCCAUUAAAAAAAUCCUAAUUCAAAAUAAAACAUUUUGUUUGAUAAUGUCAUAACUAGAUUUAGUAUUGUGGUGGCAAUAUGCAUUGCUGAACAACUUGCCCCCUGAUAGUCCAAAAUAUUAAGCGACAAUCAGU